GUAAGAAGCCCAAAGGCAUAAAGUAACUGCCAGAGGAAGAUGUUGGUGAUGACAGUUGUUUUACCCUCGAAAGAAAUUCGAAAAAUACUAAUAAAUAAAUAAAGGAGUGAAAACAUGAAUGUCACUAGCGGUGGCGAUGGUGGUGGAGACGACAACGUUCACACAUCCUCCGCCCUGACCAACUGGACGUACACCGUCUCCCAAAGAUACCAACACCUUCUCGACAAGUCAACACCAUACGUCCGCCACCGUUGGAUCGGUUUCGGCGUCGUCUUGUUCAUCUACGUCCUCCGUGUUUCCUUCGUUCACGGUUACUACAUCGUAACAUACGGCCUAGGGAUCUACAUUCUUCAGCUCUUCAUCACUUUCCUUUCGCCUCAGGUUGAUCCCGAAUUUGACGAAGAACCUUUCGAUGGCCUUUCCCUACCUACCCAUGGAUCCGAAGAAUUCCGCCCCUUCGUUCGUCGUCUUCCCGAAUUCAAGUUCUGGUAUUCAAUUACAAAAGCAGCUUGCCUUGCUUUCGUGUUGACAUUCUUCCGUGUAUUUGAUGUUCCUGUAUUUUGGCCGAUUCUAUUGUUCUAUUGGAUUGUGUUGUUUGUUGCAACAAUGAGGAGACAGAUAAGGCAUAUGAUAAAGCAUAGAUAUGUUCCCUACACUUUUGGCAAACGGCGUUACACAGGAAGGACUGAAGAAGUGGUUCAUGAUGCAUCCCCUGUUGCAAGUUGAAUCUUUCAUUUGGUCACAUUUGUUGCAUUUUACAGUUUGCAGGAGAAGAUGCGAUUGGUGGAAAAUCCAAAAAGUUAGGCCCAACAAGUCGCACAUGUCGCUUGCUUCACGUUUGUAAUCACUAUUAAUGGUUGAAUUGUACAUUAAUAAGGUAUUUCUGAUCAAAUUAAUUUUGUUUGGUACUAAUCAGAUAUUUCAGAUCACACAUGUAUAUGUAUUCUUUAAUAAGCAA